UAAUUUCUUAGCCCAACACAAUUAAUUUAAAAAAUAUUAAUUAAUUUAAUUCAAAUAUAAAUUUCCUCAAUGUGGAUUUUUUCCAUUAAUUUUUGAAAAGUAACUAUGUGUUUUUAACACACGGAAGUUCCAGCAUAAAUUAAAAUCGUUUGUCUUUAACCAUAAUUGAUAAUUUAAAAAAUUAAUUAUAUACAGCAGUAGUUCCCAACCCAUAUGCCUUGGCCCACAAGUCGGUUGAGAGCAACGUGGAACUGCACCAUAGACAUUCAUUUAAUUAACGUCUAUAUUUCUACUUAAAAUAAUAUUAUUACACAUUUAUAUUAUAUAAUAUCUGGAGGUCUAUUCUCAAACGUAUCGAACCACGCUUUCGAUCAAUAGUUGAUCGAAAACAACUUUGAUUUCGAUUGAUAACAAAAAUACUGUUCUCAAACCACUUUCGAUCAUUAGUUCGAUAGGAAUAUUCGACAAUAUACAACGAUAGUGAAUUUGGUGUCGAAAACUGUUUUCGACACACAAUUUUCACUGUAAUCAACUAAUUUAUCAGUUUUUUCAAUUUAUUGUUCGUACUUGUAUCGUAUUUAGUACUAUAAUCUAUAAUUAAUAAUUAAAAGAGUAUAGUUCGCGAACGAGAAUGAAUGUUUAAAUAUUUAUCAUGGCAUUUGAUGACGAUUUUGAGAUUUACAAUAUAAUGCAAAUUAAUGAAUUAGAAAUUCAAAAUGAAAUUAAUAUUACUAAUGAAGUAAGACGAGUUAUGAAACAAGAAGAUCCUUUUGCAUUCUCUGAACAACAGUUUAUUGGUACUUAUCGUUUAAGUAAGGUGCUUGUACAAAAGUUAACGGAUGAGUUAAGUCCUUUCAUGUCAAGUCCGUCAACAAUUGCUGGACUAAGUAUUCAAAGAAAGUUAUUAACAGCUCUCAGAUUUUUUGCAAGUGGAAGUUACCAGCAAGAUAUAGGGGAACACAGAGGUGCUGAUGUAAGUCAAGCUUCAGUUAGUAGAUGCAUUACUGAAGUAGCUAAUGCUUUAAAUGUUCCAGAAAUACUUAAUAAAUAUAUACAUUUUCCGAGUACUAUUGAUGAACUCAAAGAAGUUCGUUUAGGAAUACCUGGAGUCGUUGGUGUCAUUGAUGGGACUCAUAUUGCCAUUGUACUACCUAAGUCUGACGAGCCUAUUUAUCCAGAACAUGUAUAUAUUAAUAGAAAAGGGUAUCACAGUAUUAAUACACAAUUGGUUUUUGGUCAAUUAAAGCAUGAUAAUAUUAUUUAA